CACCCUAUAGCAAAAAAGAAAAAAAAAAAAACUCUCUCAAAAAAAAAUACCUACUGAAAGACAUUAUACUGCAGAGAGGUAGCAGAUUUGAGAACAUGAGUGAAAUCCCAGACAUGUCUUCUAUGAAAAAAAGGAACCUAGACAAAGAUAAAAGAACAUCUAUGCUUAUCUGUUCUAAACCAGCGUAUAAGGUUCCUCAUUCCAGAUCUCCCACCCCAUCGAGACUCCCCACUGUCCACUUACAAGAAAGCUCCUCUUUCAAACACCAGCUGCUCCGUCUUCAGUGAGCUUAGUCAGAGCAAGGCACAGAUGUCAGAGGACAGGAUCCUUGGGAGAGGAACUAAAGGAUAUCCCCAUCUGAAAAGUCCAGAAUCCAGGAUCUGCAGUGGUAACAGGAAAGACAGGAAAUUGCUCUGCCACCAACUAUUUGUAGUUUGGGAUAUCAGUUACCAGUAUGUACCCUGAGGACUCUUGUAAGAAUAAGAAGAUAGAAUAAAGUAUUUGGGUUAAAACUGGUCCAGGGAGAUUUGAAAGCCCAAUUCCUUCCUAUUUCUUUGUUAGUUUGCUUUUUUGUUUUGUUUUCAGCCUCAGGCAGGGUGGUAAGGAACACUGCUUGGUCAUAUUUUACACUGCUUUGAGGCUGAUGACUACUGAGGUCCACCUAUGACUGAGAAGGCAUCUCAUGUACCUUCAGCUUUCUGCUCAACCAGGGGGAAGAGGGCAGGGAUGGAGCCUCCUGUUACGGAUCCUCCACCUUCUCCCUCACCCACCUGCCAUGCAGCAGAUGCCAUCAUACUCAAGUGUUUAGCAUAGACCCUGCUCAGACCUUUCUUAUCUGAUGUCAAAGAUGAGGCAGUUGAGCAGAGAUGAAUUGAAAGGAAAACAAUAGUCCUAGGAAUUUAGGCCUCCCAACAAGGUAAAGAAGCUCAUAAAAAUAAAAUCAGUCCAUCUCUGAUGGAAGAGCUGAGGCCCAAGGCAGGAGGCAGAGGCUGAAAGAAGGUAAGGCCCCCAAGAGAGGAAGAAGACUUCAUAUACCAUGGUGCAGACUCCACAAGGUCCUCAGGCAAUCAGAUACUGGAAAUGAGGUGAAGAUAUCUCCAAUUUGGACCUCUGAGCCAGACAGGGUCAUUGGGAGGUAAAGAUGCUCACCCUUGCUUCCUAACCUCUGAGCUGUGCAUCUCGCUUUGUGGGCACCAGUGGGAUGAGUGGAAGAAGGUGACUCAGACUCUUCAUACUGAAAGGUCUGAAUCUCUUGUUCUUCAGCUUCCUACAGCCCCACAACAAUCCUGAGGGAACUGCAGGCUAGCCCAACAGGAAGACUCAUGACUCCAAUCCAGGGACUGUGACAGAGGCCUUAAAUCCAUGGUGUACGUAAAGAUCUGAUGUGGGAGAGACCAUUUCUAAACCUACAGGAAUGGGACAUUGGAAGAGAGCUUUGGACAGGACAGUAGGAUUCAACAUGUAGGGCUGGUAGUGAGGAACGGGGAGAGGGAAUUACCAACUCUAGGGAGAGAGAUAAAAGCGAACAGAAAGGAAAACAAUCUAGGAUUUGGGGUCAGCCAGGAUGAGGGUUACCAGUAGAGGCUGGAGACGAAAGCAGGAUUUCAGUGCCAAAAUGUGGUUCCAGGUUCUCCCUGGGAUUGCCGCUAUGGGCGUGUGCUCGGUCAUUCCCAGACUGACCACUGCGUGUGUACAUGCACAAGUUCAUGAACGGGGUAAGGAAAACAGGGUUGCCAUUUUUACAAACCAGCAACAUUUGAUGGAAAGAGACAGGCACAUCUUGGGAGUUAAUUGUCACUAUGUGUCAAAGGAUUUGGAGAACACUGAUUAAGAAAGUUUCUUGAUUGAUGAAAAAUAACUCAGUUAUGGUCGUCUACUGCUAGAAGGUUAUACAGUGUGUUACGUAGCAUGCAGUGUAUUCUGUAACAGUGCUGAAUAACACUAAAAUGAAAAAUAAAAAGAAAGGAAUAGAAAGAGGCUAGAGAUAGUUGGAUCAGAUUUUCUCAUGAGCUUCACCUAUCAGAGGCCGCAGUACCUACACCAGGAGGAAUGAGGUUACACUGCACAUCCACUCUCACCACAAGUACCCUAUCCCAGGACAGAAGAAGACCUGAAGCUGCUUUCCUAAGAAGAUAACUCCUGACUGUGGGCUUCUGAGUUCACUCUCUGGUAAACAGAAAGCUGAAAAUGGCUUGAGAUAGUACAAAUUCUUCUUCCUACUCCACAGGAAGGUGGGCUUGGGGCCACUGGCUAAGGAAGGUAUAAUGUGACCUUUACUGGCUAAUGGGAAUAAUGGGGACUAGAUGCUCCCCCCCACCACACACACACACACACACACACACACACACACACACACACACACAGAGGCACCUCAGUAAGAGCCCUAUACAAGGUCUCCAAAGGAAGUCUUGGGUCAGUUCCACUAUAGGCUCCCACCUACUCAUGCUGUAGCCAUUACCCGCAAAUCAUCAUCCGAAACCCAGGUCCUAAUUCCAUCCACAAGAGCAUGAUGAGCACUUGUACAGUUUCUGUGUCU